AUGCUCAUUACUAUUGCUACUUAUGAGAACUGGGACAUUCGACAGCUUGAUACAUUCAAUGCCUUCCUUCAAGGCAAAUUGGAAGACACUGUCUAUAUGAAACAACCCCCUAGCUUCGAUAACUCCCAACAUCCUAACCAUGUUUACCGGUUCCCCAACUCCUUGGAACCUCUACACACCAGCCGCAUCUCCUCCUCUAGAUGGAAUCUGACGGCAGGAAAUCCUUCGGGACCUUCCCCGUCCACUCUCCUCCCCAUUCCGACGGCCUCAGCCUCUCCCCCCGCCGCCCCUCCAUGGCAAUUUCUCUCUCCCCGCCACAGCAUCAGCCACACGCCGCCGCAACAUCCACCCCCUUCUCUCCACUACCAUUGCCUCAUCUCCCUCCACCGCCAAGACGGCAACAUCCACGCCAUUGCUCUCGCCGCGAGAGGCCGGCUUGUUCUCACCGGCUCCGACUCGGACCGGGUUCGGGCCUGGCGCCAGCCCGGCCUCGAGUACGGCGGCUUGCUGCGCACUCGAAGGCCACGUGUGCGCGCUCUAUUGGCCCAUGGAGAAGUGCUGUUCACGGCUCACGCUGACCGGAGAGUGCGAGUUUGGUCGGUGGAGAAGGCGUCGGGGUCGGCGUCGGCGUCUUCCGGAGCACGGUGGCGGAAGGUGGCGACGCUUCCGCCGAGGAGGCUGCGUGUUUCGCUUUUCCGGCGACGACAGGACCGGGUGCAGCAACAACACCGUGAGGACAUCUCCUGCUUGGCUCUAUACACCGCUGGGCAGCUUCUGUACACCGGGUCUUGGGACAGCACCGUGAAAGCGUGGCAUGUGGGGGACGGCACGUGCGUAGACUCCUUCGUGGCGCACGAGGGGAGGGUGAAUGCGGUGGUGGUGGGGCAGGAUGACGGCGGCGUGUUCACGGCGGGUGCGGACGGGUGCGUGAAAGUGUGGCGGAGAGUGUACGGCGAGAGUGCCCACGCGUUGACCAUGGUUCUAAGGUUUCAGGCCUCGCCGGUCAAUGCCCUGGUGGUCGGCGGCGGAGGUGGAAGUUAUGUGUAUUCUGGAUCGUCGGAUGGGUAUGUGAAUAUCUGGGAGAGGGAGGCGGCUACAGGAAGGUACCACCAUGGCGGGUUCCUCCAAGGCCACAGGUAUGCGGUGCUAUGCCUGGCGGCGGUGAAAAGGCUGAUCCUGAGCGGCUCAGAAGACACGACGAUAAGAGUAUGGAGAAGAGAAGAAGGCAGCGGCUUCCACGUGUGCUUGGCCGUGAUGGAAGGCCACCGUGGGCCCGUUCGGUGCAUUGCGGCGGCGGUGGAGAGUGAGAUGAUCGGGGCGGAAGGUGGGAUGGGCUUAUUGAUCUACAGCGCCAGCUACGACAGAAUGCUCAAGGCCUGGAGGUUAAAGGUGGCGGCGGAGAAUCAGGAGAAGGAGAAGAGGAAAACGGCGGGAGAUGAAGAAGCAGAGAAGGAGGAGGAGGAGGAGGAGACGCGUUCGCCGUCGCUGAGGAUGGAGGGGGAGGGGCAUGGGAUGACUCCGGUGUUGUCGCCGCUGUGGGUGGAGAAGAGGCUGAGAGAGAUACACUUGUGUUAAUUACUUGGUUAUGGGAGCCAAACUCUGAUUUUUCCUAUUAUGUUACGUCAUUUAAUUUUGUUAAUUUAAGAUUUGUUUGAUGAGAAAAUAUUGUGAGUCCAACGAAAUCACUUCACGUGAAGGUGACGGAAAAAAAAAAAAUUUAACACAAGAGAAUAUUCUCGUGUAUUAUUCUGCAUUGUUCAGGUGUUAUUAUGAUGAUAUUUAUGUAUUAUUAUGUUUUGGGAAUAUUCUCGGUGUUAUA